GUCAUACAUUUUCACGUUUAGUUUGGUCACGUUAACUGCGGUCAUAAGUUCGGACAUGUUUCAAACGGUGGAAGACGCCAACCAUAAUAUCUACUGUUUGUCGUGAAACCCGACACAAAUGGGCGUCAAGUAUUUUUACUCGCUGUCCGUGGUCGCUUGUUUCACGGUGGUAUGCGUCAGUUGCGAUUUAUCGUCAUCGAUCGAAGAGGAAACGGCGGCCGCGUCUUACGAGGAUUCGAAAAGAUCGCUGUAUGACGAUGACAGUGCACUGGAGGCGACGCACGUGGGCAGUGGAUCUAGUGACCGUCCACUGAAGCGGUUCAUAGUGCCGAUCAGCACUUCGGACCUAGGGAUCGAGACUUCCAGCUCCAGACCGUACUUUAUGCACCAGCACGUGCAGCACCACAAACACCCACGAAACCAGCAGCAACAGCAGCACCAUCAUCCCUAUAACCAACACCCGCAGCACCAACAGCAGCCGCAACAUCACCAACAAAAACAACAGUUACAACAGCAUCAGCCAUCAUUGCCGCAGUCACAGCCACAGCAUCAUUCGCACCAGUACCACCACCAAGGUCGGGCACAGCCGGCUGUCGAUCAUUUCGGGUUCGGCCCUUCGUCUCCGAGCGGCACCGGUGGUGGCGGUGGUUAUAAUACGGAUCAGCCCGACAACUUUUACCAGUCGUUGGGCGGUGAAGGUGGCGGCGGCGGUGGUGGAGGUGGUGGUGGUAGAGGCGGUGGCGAGAACAUAAACUUCGAUACGACCGGUUUCACAGACUUCGUGCCGUCCCCCGAGUUCCGGUCGACCAGUUCGCCAACCAUGCCGUCGUCUUCGUCACCGUUCUUGGCUUCACCGCAACAUAUGCAAUCGUCGUCACCUUUUAACGAGCCGUCGCCUCAAUUCCAUCACUCGUCAUCGUUUGACGGUGGCUCGAGUGGCGGUCACUUGCAGCACAUGACGCCGUCGUUUGAUCCUACCGAUUUCGGCCAGGACAUCCCUCUGGCCGGUUAUGGAGGAAGUGGUGGCAGCGGUGGUGGCGGUGGUGGCGAGGGUGGUGGUGGUGGUGGAUCUUCGGCUUAUGGUUCGGGUGGUUACGACUAUACCCCGCAUCACCAGGCACCUGUCAUACACAAGUCGAUAUACGUGCAUGUUGCACCACCCGACGACGAUCCACCGCGCAAGCAGCGCGUCAUCCUGCCCAACGUGCCACCUAAGAAGAACUAUCAGAUCGUGUUCAUCAAGUCACCCACUCCACCGUCGAUUGCCGCACCUAUCAUACCGCCGCCGCCGCCACAGCCGGCCGACAAGACGCUAAUUUACGUGCUACACCCCAAGCAGGAAGAGGCACCGCCCAUACACAUCCCUCCACCACCAGUCACACAACCUCUUAAGCCCGAAGUAUACUUCAUCAAGUACAAGAAUCGCGAAGAGGCACACGGCGGCGGAGGUGGCGAUUACGGAACCGAACAUGGAGGUGGCGGCGUCGGUGGCAUUCUUCCGUCGCCAGGCGAAGAGUUUGGCGGUGGCGGAGGUGGAGGUGACAGUUCCGGUUACGUGCACCGGAGGUACGGAAGGGGAGACCUACAGACGUCGACGCCGCCAUCAACCGCCACGGUCUCCAGCGUUGACACAGACGUCACCACUACCGGCGAAGCAUCCUCCACUGAACACUUCGAUGACGGUGACGGUAUGACACCGGAACAACGGGAAAUGAUCGAGGCCGAGACGACGUCUGCGGCCACAUCCGCGUUCACUUCCACAGCGGCAGACUUAAACCCCGAGACGUCCAGCGAGAACGUCGACGAACUGAUGCUCCGGGGCGGCUACAGUACAGAGUACAACGACGCGUCUGUGGACAGCACGAACCUAAGCGAGACUCACGUCCAGUUGUCUACCACCGCACCCAAAGGCAAAAAUGGCCAUUAAUGUAUACUUUACUAUAAUAUUAUUUUAGCUUAUUCGUAUAAAAACGUAUACCAUAGAUUAGGCUAUAAUGAUUAAAUAAUAACAAUAAUAUUAUGUCGUUUGUAAAAUAUAUAAUAUGCGUUAUUAUAAUAAUUGUGUAAGUCCAUAAUGAUAGCUAGUAUCUUACUAUAGUAAAAUUUUACUGUAUCUAUCCAACUUUAUGUAUAAAAAUAUAUUUUGAAGCAAUUA